AUGCUGCUUAACAAGCUCAUCGGCAUCUACGGCCUGCUCUCGAUCCUGACGGGCUUCGAGCUCUCGCCCGUCCAGCUGUCGAUGUACAUCUACUCGAUGCUCGCGCUGGGCCUGACCAUCUUCCUGACGCCGUACAUCCGCAAGCAGGCGCCGCUGCAGUGUCUUGCCCUCGCAUGGUUCUACCUUAUCGAUAGCGUGGUGAAUGCAGCGUACACCGCCGGGUUCGCCGUGACCUGGUUCCAGAUGAUUUCGGGCGGCGGAGGGCCCGGCGGGUCGACCAUGAAGGACUCGGCUGGGUUCACGGCCGGAGGACCACCGCAUGGGAGAGGGAGACGGUACAGCGUCUCGUUCGAUACGGAGGACAUGCCUCUGGCCACGACGAGGGGGAAGUCGGGCGGCUCGGCGCUGGAGGAGGGCAUGUUGCAGCCUGAAAGCCUGCCUAGCCUGGCCAUCAUAUGUGUGCUGUGGGUGGUGCGGCUGUACUUUGUCUUUGUAAUGAUGGCGUUUGCGAGACAGUGUCUGAAGCUGCAUGCUUUCUACCGCCGGUCCGAGCAGCAGCAGCACCAACACCAACGCAAUGGCUCCACGGCCACGACUAGCACGACAGACUACCCCGAGACCAACCCGAAUCCGUUCAUGCCGGACUGUCCUGACGGGCAGGGCUGGAAGGGCAAGCUAGGCCGGGCCAUGGUCUCCGUUGGUAAGGGCUACUGGCUCGACCGCAACGAAGAUGACGACUGGAUGUUUGGCGUCAACCGGCGGUUCAACUCGAGUUACCGCAUGGUCCCCACGGAGAGCAGCGGUCCCGUUGAGCGAGAGAGGCGGCGUCGGUCAGGUACCGGUCCGCCUAUACCGGCCCCCGGAGUGCUGCAGGCCGUGGUGGUGCCCUUGACGCCGUCGACGCAGCCGCAGAACCACCCGCACUCCCUACCGCAGUCUCCGGCCACUGCGAACUUUAGACCGGGCACUGUUCCUCCACUGAAGAUGUACGGCCAGUCUCAGGACGAGCGGGAGUUUUGA